AUCCGCCAACCCUGUUCGCCGAGUGCAAAGGUACCCGACUGUGGAUGACCUGAAGUUUCCAAACAUAAACACGUCAACUUCAUAUGAGUUCGAAGCGUGCGGUAAAAUUAAAAAUGACAUCCUAUGUUUUAUUCAGUUUCUAGUGCUUUAAGUCAACAACCCAAAUCCCUAUUUUAUAGUGACUUUUGAGUACAUUUGGUGCUUACAGCUAACUUCCAUGUUUUGAUGAGCUAAAAUCAAAAGGUGUCUUAAAAAAGAAAUUCGUCUUUUGAUGAAAUUAGAAUAUGCCUCACGGAACAAUGGACGCCAACCAGCCGCUGAGUCUUCACACUGGAGAGCUCAAAGUUUUCCUCCAGUCCCUUCGUAGUGAUAUAUUAAAAGACGUAGAUAACCAUAUUUUCAAAGCUAUUGACAGAUUAAUUAUGGAUCUGGAGUUAAAGCAAAGAAAACCACAAAAUGGAACAACCAAAGAAAAACCUCCUACCAAAAAAGAGAAUCCCAAAGAAUUACCACCGAAAGAAUUUGAGUUUCGAAAUUCCACACUAACGAACCUUUGGGAAGUAUCUCAUGUAAGAUCUGUCUAUAACAUUUGUCUCGCACUCUUCGUACUUUUAUACUUGAAUAUCAUUACUUUCUACUUUAUUAAUCCACAAAAGUUAUUUCAAGAUUUGUCUGUGGUGUCAUGGACGUUUGGAAAGUUCCACAUAGUGACUGCCUAUUGGUUUGGAAUCAAUGCCUCCAUUCUUUUCAUAUUAUAUCCCACUCUCAAAUACUGGGCAACAUCUAGAAUUACUACAAAAAGAAAAGGACUGUAUGACACCUUAUUCUGCUUGUUGUUUAUUAUUUAUCAGCUAUCGAUCUUAAUUAUUCCUGCUAGAAUAGUUGUUGUUUUCAAUCUGCCGCCUGUGUCUUCAUUUGUGGUACUCGCUGAACAAGCUAGGCUUAUUAUGAAAACCCAUGCUUUUGUUCGAGAGAAUGUCGCAAGAGCUUUAAGAUACAAACCUCACCAAGAUGGCGAUAAAGAAGACUCUACUCCCUGUCCUGAGAUUGGAAAACUUAUUUACUUUCUCUUUGCUCCUACAUUAGUCUACAGAGAUAACUAUCCACGAACUUCUAAAAUUCGCUGGAGUUACGUGUCCUGGAAUUUCUUGCAAGUGUUUUGCUGUAUUAUAGGUGCUUACAUUCCAUGCACUUAUUUCAUAGUAGACACUUUCAACAAAACUGGAAUCGAAUCCAUGCCACUCGUCAAGUUUAUUGGAACGUUAGCUACAUCCAUCUUCGCCGGAGGAAUCCUCAUGUUUUUAGUCUUUUAUGGGAUGUUUCAUUGUUGGUUGAAUGCAUUUGCAGAAAUGUUGCGUUUUGGAGAUCGUAUGUUUUACGACGACUGGUGGAACUGCACUUCUUUUGCCAAAUAUUAUCGUUCCUGGAAUAUGGUUGUGUAUGACUGGCUGUACUCUUACAUUUAUCGAGAUAUGUAUACACUUCUCGGUCGAAGUAGAGUAGGGGCCAUGUUAGUUGUCUUUCUCAUAUCAGCCAUCAUUCAUGAAUACAUCUUGGCCAUAUGCUUCAAAUUUGUCUUCCCUCUCCUCUUCAUUUUGUUUUCAAGCUUCGGAGUGAUUUUGGUAUUCAUUACUCGUCGAAGAACAUCCCCUUUUUGGAACGUAUUUCUGUGGAUUGGUAUGUUUCAAGGUUGGGGUCUCUUAACCGUAUUUUACAGUUUAGAAUGGUAUGCCAGAAUCAAUUGCCCAAGAACUUUGGAUUCGUGGUUUGAUUACGUCUUUCCUCGUUCCUUCACUUGCAACGUUAUCACGUGGCCUGCGUGAAAGAAAUGAUUUCAGAUGGCGGCUACAACAAUAAAACUGUUGCGAAUCUAGAAAAAGUAUUCCGAAAAUGGUACUUCGAAAUGGUUGAAGUUGCUUUUACUGAAUUAUUUCAGGAUGUGGGUUAAAGACUCUUUGCCGAUUUAAAGUAUUUCAUUUAUCAUUUUCAUCAACCAAAAA